AUGAAGGGAAACUUCAGGAAAAGAGACAGCUCUACAAACUCAAGAAAGGGUGGUAAUCCUGACAAUAACUACACCAAUGGAGGCGGUUCAAGUAACCAAAAUAAUGGCUCAAUGUUCUAUGAGAAUGCUGAAACUACCAAAAAUUUCAAUGACCGCCAAGAUUAUUUACUAGUCAAUAGUAUUGGCUCCAAUGUCACCGUGACUGUCACUUCUGGUGUGAAGUACGACGGUUUGUUAGUCUCCUGUAAUUUGGAGUCCUCCAACGGUGUUGAUGUGGUCUUGAGAUUCCCCAAAGUUGUUGAUGCAGGAGUAAGUAACUCUGUAGAUGACUUGGCCAGAACUUUGGGAGAAACCCUUUUGAUUCACGGCGAAGAUGUCGCUGAGUUGGAAUUGAAGAACAUCGAUUUGUCUCUUGAUGAGAAAUGGGAAAAUUCCAAAAUUCAAGAGGCAACACCCGCUAGAGAUUCUGAAAAGGAAAAGGUUAAUAGCGAAUUGAAUGAAAGCGGUAAGUUCAGAACUGAUGUUGACAUCUCUCGCUCUGGUAAAGAAAUUAAGGAGCGUAAAUUAGAAAAAUGGACACCUGAAGAAGGAACCGAACGUUUCGACAUCAAUAAGGGACAAACCUUGGAAGACGAUUCAACUGCGUGGGAUCAAUUUGCUGUCAACGAAAAAAAAUUUGGUGUCAAGUCGACUUUUGAUGAGCAUUUGUAUACGACAAAGAUUAAUAAGGAAGAUCCUAAUUUUGGGAAAAGAUUGCAAGAGGCAGAAAGAAUUGCCAAGGAAAUUGAAUCUCAAGGGCCCUCAGGUAAUAUUCAUAUCGCAGAAGACAGAGGUAUUAAUAUCGACGAUUCUGGCUUAGACGAAGAAGACUUAUAUUCAGGUGUUGAUAGAAGGGGCGAUGAGUUGUUGGCUGCUUUGAAAAGUAACUCAAAACCUAAUGCAAACAAGGCGAGCAGAUAUGUUCCACCAACUUUGAGGCAACAACCUCAUAAUAUGGAUCCUGCAAUUAUCUCUUCAAGUAAUUCUACCAACAACGAAACUGUUGCUGCUACUACUGUUACCACUCCUGCAGAAGCAGAAGCAACAAAGGAAAAAGUCUCUCAAAAGUCCCUCAAGAGCAAGAAAGGUUUAAGUAGCAAAGAAGCUCAAAUCGAAGAAUUAAAGAAAUUUUCCGAGAAAUUCAAGGUUCCUUACGAUAUACCAAAGGAUAUGCCGGAAGUUUUGAAAAGGUCAAACUCGACAUUGAAAUCCAAUUCUUCGCUUCCACCAAAACCAAUUAGCAAAACGCCUUCCGCUAAGACUGUUUCUCCAACUGCUCAGGUCAUUGCGGGAAAAUCUGAAUCUAGAAGGAGUACAAGCAACAUGUCUCAAGGUCAAUCAUCUGCGGCUCACACCACCAGAUCGAGCACUUCAUCCAGAAGACGUAACCAUGGUUCAUUUUUCGGAGCAAAGAAUCCACAUACCAACGAUGCCAAAAGAGCAGCCUUCGGGAAAAGUUUCAACAUGUUCAUCAAAUCCAAAGAAGCGCACGAUGAAAAACAAAGACAACGUAACGCAUCUGAAAGCAUGGAACCAUUUUUCAUUGAAAAGCCUUACUUCACUGCGCCAACUUGGUUGAAUACGAUUGAAGAAUCAUACAAGACUUUUUUCCCAGACGAGAAUACAGCCAUACAAGAAGCCCAAACCAGGUUCCAGCAACGCCAAAUGAAUUCCAUGGGUCAUGGCGGGCCUGGAAUGAAUCCAAACAUAGGCAUGAACAUGGGCGGGAUGAUGGGCUUCCCCAUGGGAGGUCCAAACGCUUCACCAACCCCGAUGAUGAAUGGUUUCGCCGCAGGAUCCAUGGGAAUGUACAUGCCAUUCCAGCCUCAACCAAUGUUUUACCACCCAUCAAUGCCGCAAAUGAUGCCUGUUAUGGGAAACAAUGGAGCUGAAGAUGGAGGAGGGAACAUAUCACCUCAUAUGCCCUCAGGUUUCAUGGCAGGUGGUCCGGGAGCACCUAUGGGUGCAUUUGGGUAUCCCGGUGGGAUGCCAUUUCAAGGAAUGAUGGGAUCAGGUCCAUCUGGGAUGCCGGCAAGUGGUUCGGCAAUUCACAGUCAUGGUCAUGGUAGAAAUUAUCACCAAAGCAACCACCAUGGUCAUCGUAACAAUAGUACUAGUGGCCAUAAAUAG